AUGGCAAAGUUCGUCAUUUAUUCCUUUUUUACGGAGCCCGACCGUGUACCGAGCUCUCCACUGAACCCUGGGAGUGUUGUAGGACCAAAGGUUUGGUCUCCACACGGACGAAGCUUCCACGCCAGCAAACAGUUCCUGCUAUUACACGAGCAGUAUCCCCGAGUGGUGACAGUAAAGAGGGAUGCGUGCAGGGAGGGGAAAUGUGGGGUGCAGGAAAACAGAGGGCGUGUCAAGAAAGACCUCCCUGAGAGCCUCCCUGAGCUGGGACCAGACCUGCGAGUCCCAAUAAGAUUCACAGUGGCAGCCAAGAUGCACUGUGGGACCGGCCACACAUCUUACAACAACCUGGGAGAAGACACAGGCACCCAUCUUAUCAUGAAAAUCUUCCAGGUUCUUAAUCACAUAAAUGUGUGUAAUGUAAGUACCUAUCUUAUUAAAGGCCUUCUUUAUUGGGCCCUCUGCUGUCCUAUACUCAUUUGGAUCAACUGCUUUCUAAGACUGCUGCACAGCUGUCAUCCGGGCUUCUUUUUCAUUACGCUCCUGGGCGGACACCAAAAGGUCCUGGCCACCUUUGGCGCUCCCAGGGCUGCAGCUCCUAUGGCCGCCUGCUCCCCACAGGAGGCUGCAAAUCUGCCCACCCCGAACCUGUACUCCAGCUGCCCUGCCUUCCUGAGCCCGCACGGUCAGCAGGGCUUGGAGAUUAAUCCCACACUGGCAUAG